AACGGUGUACGAUGGCAACAGAUAAUUCACCAAAAGAAUCGAAUUCACUGUCUAAAAUCGACGAAGAUACUCGGAAAUCAAAAGUCUUAGAGCCUAAUAUUGAAAUAAUUGAACAGUAUGCAUAUGCAAUUGUUGAUUUUAGUUCGCAGUAUGGAAGUGAAACAAGCAUAUCAUACACAACGUGUAAUCUAGCAGGAGGCAUCAAUAUUUAUCCCAGUUACGGUGAUUACACCCAAGCUUGUGUCUUUAGAAAAUAUGGCCCAUGGUGGAAUAUGGCUCCAUCAGCCAUUAAGAGGUUCAGAAGAACACCAAAUGACUACUAUAGUCAAGAUUUUAUUGAAAUUUCAUUUCAGAAGAAGGUGUACCCUUUGAAAAUUGACUUGUAUGAGACAUACAACCCAGGAGCCGUGGUUAAAAUACUAGCUUGUGAUACAGCAGCAGGCACAGACGUAGACACCGGCAAAGUAAUGUGGAAAACACUGUGGGCACACGCCCCUGUACAAACCAAACUGGAAGCGAGAGUGUUCUCCCCUCCACUAACGCCCACCGACUUUCCAACAGAUCUCAUCCGCAUGGAGCUGUUUCAUGAUCUGCUGGGAUACUACACCGAACUCGAUGCCAUAGUCCUACACGGCUGUGAGGAAAUCCCACCAACACACAAACAUUCAGCAGACCUACUGGAGGCAAAUAUUAGAAACCUGCAGCAAAUCCACAUCACGGUUCAGGAUGAUUCUCCAUCAAGUAUAUGUUCAUAUGGUCAAUUUGAAAACCUUCCAGAUGAAGUUAUACAAAUUAUAUUAAGUUACUUGGACACACCUUCUUUAGGAAAUGCAGCUCGUACCUGCAAACUUUUCCACAAACACUGUUAUGAUUCCCUCCUGUUUACUGAACUUAACCUUCAACCUCAUUGGACACAGAUCAGUGAUCAUGUUCUGCAAAGUCUACACACAAGAUGUCAGAUGGUACAACGACUAAAUCUCUCUUGGGCAGGAAAAAACGGACCUCUGUCACAUUCAGCGCUAGAAAGUUUUUUCAAAGCCUGUGGGAGAUGUCUUUCGUGCCUGGGCCUCUCCUGUUGUCAGUUUGUGAACGAGAAGACAAUGGAGAUUUUGUACAAACACUGUCCUGUUCUCACAGAGUUAGAUCUCAGCAGUUGUCGAAAUAUUGAUACUUGCGGUCUCUCGUACCUCAGCAAGAUGAAAAUGUUAAAGAAAGUUAAUUUGUAUCGCACUCAGGCAGACAUACCUUCCGUCCUCGGCCUUAUCUUUACAUGUCCAGAUUUAGAGCACCUGAAUCUCGGAGCUUGCUCAAGAAUAUCAAAUUUUGAUGAUGUAGCACUUGCCUUAGCAUCAAACUGCAGGAAACUAAAAUCAUUAGAUCUAUGGAGAGCUCGAACAUUCAGUGACAUUGGACUGAGGGCUAUUGCCAACAACUGUCCAGACCUUGAGGAAAUUGACAUGGGAUGGUGUUCAUCACUUCAGUCCAGUUCAGGAUGUUUUGUUCUUUUGUCACAAAAGUGUUGCAAAUUAAAGAAGCUGUUUUUAACUGCAAACAGAACUGUCUGUGAUACUGACCUGAUAUCAAUUGCCAACCACUGUCAUCUUUUAGAACAACUUGAUAUAUUGGGAACCCGAGAAGUGUCCGUCAUUGGAACUUUCAGAAUUCUUGAAUCAUGCAAGAAUUUGAAAAUGUUUGACAUAUCAUUCUGUGCAGAUAUCGAUGAAGCCACAGUUGAAAACUGGCACCACAUGUUUCCAAAUGUUGACCUAAAGAAGAGCUUUCAGUCUUGAUGUAUUUAUUAUAUAAACUGAACAAGGGGUUAUUCCAUAAUUUUCAUCUUAAUAUUUUAAUGUAAUGCUACAUUUAUUUUUUAUUAAACAGCUUGUCAUAAAUAUGAGUACACAUUUUUGCAGAACAUGCUAGGUCUUGUGGUACUUGCAUUUACCAGAUGAUCACUUAGAAGAGAGCAAAUGGUAUUCUGGAUAUAUUAUCUUCAUUUCCUGGGUAUUAUGAAUCAUGAAAUAUUGAUGAGCAUAAAGUGUUAGUGAAUUCAUCAAAACCAUGCAACAUUUUUAUAUUUCAUGAUAAUAAAAUAUAUAACUGUAUUCAGUCUAUUUUUUUGUAUGGAUAAUGAUGAAUGUAUGCUACUAGUUAUAUUGGAUUAGACAUUAAUUCAUACUUUUAAUUAAAUCCAUUUAUCAAAUUUUAUUUCUUCACAUUUAAAUGCAGAACAAUUUGUGGUUACAGAAAAAAAGGGAGAUACAGUGGAACUUUGUUAAACUGGAAAGUAAAGGUUGUCUUAAAAUUAUCUGAAUUACGGAAUUUCCUUAGUACUAAAUCAUAUCUCGAGUUAUUUCCCUUGAAUGACAAACAAAUAAAAAAAAGAGUAAACAAUAAAUUCAGAUUUAUGAAAUAAAAUAUAUAUUUAUAUUCUUGAAAAUUACAAAAUAUUGAACAAAUUGAGAAAAAAUAAUUUUACAUGUAUAUUUUAAGAAAGGUUUUUUCAGUAUGUCAUCAAUUGUUAAGUAACCAUUUCUUAAAUUGGCUUUUUAAUUUUUUAAUUUAUUUGUGCUGAUAUUUUCCCAUCAUUUUAAAUUUUAAAUUGAAUCAAAAGAUGUAAUUUUGUAACAUUUUGCUUUCUUGGGAUUUGUGCAAGAAUAACAUACACUUACAUUUUACCACUGACUGUUGAUCUUAAUUUUAUGCAUUACAUUUUGAAAAGGCAAUGAUAAUGCUAACAAAACAGUAACCUAUAUCAGUAAGCCUUGUUACUCCCACACAGAAAAAAAACCCUAUGAAGCAUACUCAGAUCUUUUGCCAUCAUUUUAGCGUGUGUUGUUUUGUCUUCUUGUGUUUGCUCACCAUGGUUAAACAAACUGAGUAAAUAUGUUACUUUUGUUUCUGAUCAAACAAUCUGUUGGAAGAAAUGACAUUCAGUCAAGUGAAGCAAAUUGUCUUUAUUUUGUUUACACUUUGUUUUGUUUAAUGGUCAUCCAGUUCCAGAAUCUGAAUAUUCUGUUUAGUGAACACGUUUACAGUGAAGAAUUAGUUUGGUAUUUUGGCUGCUCAUAAAUAAGGUAGAGUUUUCGGACUAUGGGAGUCCGGAUUAUUGAAGAUUUCACUGUAAAUAAUUAUUUGUUUUUGAUAUAUGUGCUAUGUAAACCAUGGGCAUUAUUGUAUAAAUACUAUGGGAGUCUGGAUUAUUGAAGAUUUCACUGUAAAUAAUUAUCUGUUUUUGAUACAUGUGCUAUGUAAACAGUGGACAUUAUUGUAUGAAUGAACUGCCAGUCAUUCAGUUGUGUUCAGACAUUUUUAAUGAAGUAAAACAAAAUACAAGUAUAUGUCCUGGUGUUUUCAUCAACAAAAAUGACUUCUCAAACCUUUCCUUAUUUGACAAUUCCUCAACUAUUUUUGUUUUGUUGAAAAAACCUGUCAUAAUUGCAUCGAAUUUGAAGAACAGUUGUUGUUUAUGUUUUACUGUGUAGUAUUAGGUUUUAUAGAUUUUAAUAUAUUAUUAAUAAAAUUAAUUUAUUAUUUUUAAUUUAAUUUUCAUUACAAUCUUUAAAGGAACUAUCUUGAGUUUGUAAUUAAUCAAAUAAUUUAUUCUGAUAUAAUACAACUGGGUAAUGAAACCUAUCGAACGUUACGUAAUAAAAUCAUAUAUUAAUGACUAUAUUAUGGAUUUACGGUGACUUAAUUAGUUCUCAUUUUGUUUCACUGUUGGAAGAAGAAAUAAACUGAUAUGGACAAAAUUGUUGUAGACAAAAAUCAAUAUUUAGCUAUUAGAAAGAUUAGGAUGAACAACAAUGCACUGAAUACACAGACAUUUAUAGUAUAACCAAGGAAAUGCAAGUACUGCUCAGUUUUAAUUGUUAUAAACAGGUGUACCAGUAUUUGCCAAAAGCAAAUGCUUCAGUGUCUACAAACUCAGAGUGGUCCCUUUAACGUGUGUCACAAUUGUUGUAUGUCAGACAUGCUGCUUAUUACAGAAUGUGCUGGGGCAUUAUUAAGCAUUCCUUAUUAGAUAUAUAUGUUGUAUAGUUGUGCAAUACCACUGGAGUAAUUGGUACCACAAAAUAAUGCAUGAUAGGUAUCCUACAUUAAUGACUGCAUCUAAAGGAAGGAUAUCAAAGAAUGGUGUGCACAGGAAGAAAAAUGAUGAUCUAUUCUGAAAGAUAUCAAAGAAUGGUGUGCACAGAAAGAAUUGUGAUGAUCUAUUUUGAAUCAGGGCUUACCCUGUCCAUUGCCGAAUUAGUUGAUUGCUGAUAUUUUAUACAAAGUGGAUACAAUAUGUAGUCUUUGGCUGAAACAAAAUUCUUAAAACUAACUAUUUUUAAUAAUUUUCUGUGAAAAUACUCGACAUCUCAAAAAUAAAGUUGUUUCAGUGUGAGCCCUGCAGAAGAAUAUCAAAGAAGAAAUGAUGAUCUGUUCUGGAGGAUAUCAAAGAAGGAAUGAUGAUCUGUUCUGGAGGAUAUCAAAGAAGGAAUGAUGAUCUAUUCUGAAGGAUAUCAAAGAAGAAAUGAUGAUCUAUUCUGAAGGAUAUUAAAGAAGAAAUAAUUAUCUGUUCUGAAGGAUAUCAAAGAAGAAAUGAUGAUCUAUUCUGAAGGAUAUCAAACAACAGUAUGUCAUGGGAAGUAAAUUAUGUGGAUGAUUUGUAGAAAAUAGUAAAAUACAAAAAUAGUUUUCAGAUGCUGUUUUAACAACCAAAUGACUUGGUGGGGAAAUUACACUACUUAGGAUGUAGCUCGUCAUGAACUCAAUUUGCAGGACAAGGUAUUACGAGACAUUAUUAUGUCUAAUCAAGGCAAUUAACCAUAUAUGUUGAUGGCAAAAGCAGACACCUUUAUUAUUUAAGCAGUGCAAUUAGGUGUGUAGAAAACUGAAACUGUGGGUAGCUGCAGCAAUUGAAUUUGUAGCCUAUUUUGCAUGGAUUAUCUCGGGGAAUUAAACCCCAUGUUGUGUUCAUAUAGUAACAGAGAAAUAUGAAACAAUCAAACUUGAAUCAUGUGUUAAAUUAACUCAGUUUGUGCUAAAUUGAUUCUAUUUUGAUGAACUUGUACUGGUGACCAUGAAGGUUUUGUUGAAUGACACCACUAGAGCAUAAUUAAUCAUUUGCUAUGGCAUGUAUAAUAAUUUUGUGGUGGUGUUGAGGGGUUAACAAUCUGUGGCAUUGUAAUAUCUAAAAGAGAGAGCAUUUACCUGUAGUUUGCGAGUAUUGGUAACUACUUUGUUUAUUUCAUCAGAGCACAGCAAAGUAUGCUAUCAUGGUGAGAUACUACCAUCUUGGUAGGCUUACUGGUUUUUGAGAGAGUGGGCACAAAUUAUGUUUUGCUUCCAGGCGCCUGAUAUCCUGAUUAAGCGUCUGGUAUGAACAGUUUAGACAGUUAUUUUGAAACAACGAACUCCUAUAGUUUACAUAAACCUUCAGUAUUUUCAAUGUCUAUUCUCGGACUACCAGUUAUAAAAGAUCACUUUAACUUGAUUUCCAUGAUUAUGUCAUGCUGUUCUUGGCUUAUAUCAUAUCUACUAGUAUUUGUAGUGUCCUCGAUAGAGCUUAAUGAACUCUGCAUAGUAAAAACUCACUUUGAGUGGGAGUCGGUUGCGGGAUGCAAGUCCAAUGUCUACCAGCUUUAAGAUUGAUGGCUUAGCCAUGAUGGCCCUCCCCUGGAAGCAGAUUUUCUUUCCAACAUAUUUUAUGGAGUAGCAUGACUCGACCCUCCUAAUUAACUUAGCUCAUCGUAGUUUAGACACACAUGCACACACACACACACACACACACACACACACACACACACACACACACACACACCUAAAAUGCUUGCACAUGGGUUUGACUAACGAUGUGUCUUGUUGACAGGCUAGAAUAUAGUUUAUUACAAUCGUAUGCCAACUGGUUUACUGCCUUAAAAAAUAUUCAGCUUUGAAACGUAUGUGAAAAUACUGCAAAUUAUUUUAUAAGAAGUUAAGAAUGAAAACUUAAGACUUGAAAGGCAUUAAUAUUGUACUACUACUACUAGUCGACUGACAUCUAUAUUUAGUGUGGUGGAUUUUUAACCUGCUAUCUUGAGAAUUAGUUUUUUUUCCCCUUCUAUUUGGAACAGACCUUCCACGUUAAUUAUCUAACCAAUCUUCGCAAUUGUUUGGUUGCUAGUCGCUAAUUCAGGUUGUAUAAAAAUGUUUUAUUCUGCAUUUUACCACUUGGAAUAUGUGGUUUUCUAUUGUUUUGUUUUGUGUGCAUAUGUAGUAUAUCUGUACUAAGGCGGACAGUGAUAAAACAUGCAUUUAUUUAAAACGAAACUGCAAUUUUAAAACAAGUAUAAUACUAGUAUUAUAUUUUGCAGUUGUGUUAAUUUAAUGAUCUGACUUGAUUGUUGUUUCCAUGCAGAUGUCGGCAAUGCAAUUUUGUUUCAUGUUGUGUCAGAUAAUUUCAUAUUUUUAGAUGUAAAACAAAAAAGCAAAAUAAGAUCUGUGAUAUUAAUAUAUGAUAUUCAAGA